ACAAUCAGUUUACUUUGAGAGCACUGCUCUAUAGUUUUUUUCAGUUUCAGUUCAAGCACUAGUUUGGUCUGAAUAUUGCAAAUAACGAUGAAGCUAAUCUUUAUUCUGAGUAUUAUUUUUCUAUCUUCAUUGUCUGUAGCUCAAUCUCCAAUCUCGUGUGCUUUCUGUAUGGCAGGUCUCGCUCAGAUCAAUCAACAAGUUAUCUCUUCCCCGGAUAUGGAGGCACAAAUGGGAAUUCAAGCUUCUCAAGGAUGCGAUCAGAUUCCAGUGAAACAAACUCGCGAAACAUGCCGCGGAAGUUUGAACACAAACUUUAACAUUUUCUAUUCGAAUUUCACUGGACAAGCCAACAAUUCACCAACUCAAAUGUGCAUCAACAUGGGAAUGUGCUAAAGCUGGAGCUUUGUGUUUCUAUUGAAAGAAAACAAAAAAAGGAUUUUAUUCCGAAUAUAAAAUAAUUACUUGGUUGAAAAUUAUUAGCAGUUAAAGAAAUCAAUGUCACACCAAGAUACAUUACAAAUAUUCACCCGUUAUUAUCUUCGAUCAAGGUUUUGUCAUCUUAGUUUUUCACUGAGUAAUGAAUUAUCUUCCAAAAA